AUCUAGCGUACGAAUUUUCAUUUUUGUUUUAAAUUGUGUGAUAUUUUGUAUAAAACAACAUCAGCAUCAUUGUAGCGUAGCAUCAGUGUUAUGGUCGUCUGACAACUUCUGAUGCCGAACAACCGAAAAGAAAUAUCGAUUGAUGCAAUGGGAUAGUAAUAAAACUUCACUGAAAGAUAUAUUCGUAGUUACUGCAAGAAACGAAGAAGCAAAACAGCAAAAAAAAACCAAGCUACCUGACAGACGUAGCGUCCGACGAUGGUAUUGGAGCAGUAGUACAUUUGCAGAGGAAGGACUUCGUAUGAAUGUGAGUAUCUAGUGUCGUGUACCGCCUUAAAUACUCGCAGACACGUGCCACAUAAUUGCUUUCCCGGAAGAAGAGUGCAAGGUAGAGGAACAUCAUUCGGAAGGUCGACAGGUUGAAGGACACAUUUUUAUUUCCAAGUGAGCCCUAGGAUAUGGCCUCCGUUGAUUGACCCAAUGUGUUUCCAGGGACCUAAAACGUAUUCACUUUAGUAGGCAAUCACAGUGGCAUAAAGUGAAGGUACAUCUGCUCAAAGUGAGGUGAUGAAUGUCGGGAGAGAAUGCUACAUCCGUUACACUCCAUGUGCUUGAUGUCGAGUGCGUCCUCUGGCUCUGUUGGGCGUGGUUGCAGGCGCCGGAUUGCAAACAAAUUUCUCGUCGUUUCCCACGGACAUCAAAAAACCAGGUAGGACUCAAACUUUGCAACGAUCAUUCCUUUUGCGCAUACGUAUCUAAUCGUUAGAUCAGUUGUAGCUUUAGCGUCAUUCAUUUUGAAUUUUCUCAUUAGCGAUGGAAUGAGUUGUUGACACGUUUUUGUUUGAAUGGAGAUCUUUUCGUGUAAGACAGGAAGUAAAAAGAAUUUACGUAGGCUAGGGUAAUUCGAAAUGAAAUUUAUCGUUAAUGGCAUUCGUUUGUCUUAUCUUCUCUUGAAUUCGGGACGCGUCGAGUGGGGCUGGGCGAUUCACUCGUGACGAGAUAAGGCGUUUGAUAGAUAGCCUUUGCGCCAUCUGUAUGGCCAUAGACGCAACAGUUUGACGGCCAACACCUCGUGAAACGGAACUGUCGGACUAGUUCGUUAUAUUAUUGCGUUUUUGUGCUGGCCCUAACUGACAAUCGCCGGUGGCCAUGAAAAAUGAACCGGAAACUGUUGGCAGCAGCAAAUGUUUUGAUCGGUCUCAUCUCCAUCAGUGGCCAGAUUGCUAGUUACGUCCACACUCGCCAGGUGGUAGACUAUGUCUCUUCGGGACUGUGGGGCGGAGCCUUCAUGAUCGCCACUGCCACUUUAAUUUUACUCGAAAAACCUGCUAAAGAUCGCCGGAUCCUGACGCUCAUUUGUUUAUCGCUCGCUAGCGGCUUCAUCAUGAUGGUCAUUUACUCUUGGAAUUUAAAUCGAUUCUUUCAAAUGUACACGACAUGGGAAAUUUGCGAAUUCUACGCACCUGGUCUCCUCAUUGAUCCGUCUAUGUGUAAAGCUCUAGUGACGUUGCAUGGACUGAUGAUUUCCCUCGGUUUCUUCGCUGUCCUUAUCAAUUCUGCUCUACUCAUCCUCACUUGUCGCAAACCCGUGAGCAGAUCGCAACCCAAACAUUCCAAUACAUCCGAUCCUUUAGCUCCUUCUAGAAUGCGCAGCACCUUAAUCUAAACUGAUCCCCAUCCUUUGUUUGCAAUCUCUAAUCGAACAGCUCCGUUCUUUUUGCAGAAUUAUUUAAUUAAAUUCAACAAAAGCUAUUCUAGUUCAUGUUUAAUCGUGUUCCGGUUUGUUCAGGCUUCCCAAUUGCUGUACAUGUUUGCAAUAGCCUAAAGCCACAAUGAUUGAUGGCAGCUGUGUCAGGUUCACCGAGAACAAUGUUUACAUAACAGACGUCAAUGGGACGAAUCCAACUGAUGGAGAUCUGGCAUGUCUGCGUUACGUUAUACAGUCACUUCCGUUUCAAUAGAGAACAUAUCCGUCGA